GGGCGGCGAGCGGGGGGCGGGGCCGGGCACUAGGCGGCGGCAUCUGGCGUGGGGUGCCUUAGAUGCGCAACGGCUUAGGCAGUGAAAGCACCUGCCAGGUCGGACGGAGUGCCUGAGCCGCGCCGCCGCCGCCCCCUCCCUCCGGGACCCGUCGCAGCCUCCAGCACCCCCGACCCGCGGUAACCAUGUGUGACCGCAAGGCCGUGAUCAAAAAUGCGGACAUGUCGGAGGAGAUGCAGCAGGACUCCGUGGAGUGUGCCACCCAGGCCCUGGAGAAGUACAACAUAGAGAAGGACAUAGCAGCCCAUAUCAAGAAGGAGUUUGACAAGAAGUACAAUCCCACUUGGCACUGCAUCGUGGGGAGGAACUUUGGCAGCUACGUGACGCAUGAGACAAAGCACUUCAUCUACUUCUACCUGGGCCAGGUUGCCAUUCUCCUGUUUAAGUCUGGUUAGAGCAUGGCCUGUGCUUCCCGCCCAGAGAGCCAUCUAAAUCACAAGGACUGCAGCCUAAAUUCCAAAUACCAGAGACUGAACUAUCUUCAGCGUUGCCAUGGGAACACCUCGAGCUUUAAGCCUUUAUUGUGUUGUUAUUGUACAGGGCAUCCUAUGUACUAGUUUGUUGUGGUUAUAAAACAAUUAGCAAAACACAA